GGGGUCUGGGAACGGUAGUGUGUAUGCAAACCUUACCCCUACCCUGGGGUAGAGAGGCUGUUUCCAAAUAGACCCCCGACAUCCUUCCCUCCAAGAACUUUCCACCUUAGUUGGAAGUGGAGGUUGCUUACUAUCCGAUCAAACCCCUCUUAUCACAUAAAUACAUUGCCUAUUGAAUCCAAGAUUUCACAUAAAAUCAUUUGCUUAUUUUCCUUUGUCAUCAAACUUCCAUAUUACUCAUGAUGUCGUGCUCCAUCUACUACAAAUCAUUACAUUACUUUCUUCUCAUAAUAAUAAUAAUAUCCACUAAUUGCCUAGCUAAAACCACUUUCCAUCCUAAAACUCUAUUUCUUGCAGUGAAAAAAGACCCCUCCAGCCUACAAUACAUUACUGAAAUUCAACAAAGAACACCUUUGGUUCCCCUUAAACUCGCUAUCCAUCUCGCUGGUGAUAGCCUAUGGGUUGAUUGUGAAAAUGGCUACAAAAGCUCAACUUACAAGCCAUCUCGUUGUAAGUCAAGACAAUGCACUAGCUAGCACCACACAAUGUGGAGAUUGCUUUCUGGGAUUUGUACAACGUGGUCCAGGAUGUAACAAAGAUGCAUGCUAUAACCAUGUUGAAAACCCACUUGUUGAAAUCUUAACAAGUGGAGAAACUGCCGAGGAUGUUUUGUCAAUCCAAUCCAUUAACGGAUCUUUUCCAGGCCCUGUUGCAACCAUUCCAAAGUUUAUAUUCAGCUGCGCAGGAUCAUAUGUAACUCAAGAUCUCGGUAAAGAUGUUAAAGGAACUAUUGGUUUUGGACACCAAAGUGCAGUAUCAAUUCCUGCUCAACUUGCAUCAACUUUCAAAUUCAGCAGAAAAUUUGCCAUUUGCUUGAGCUCAUCUAUAGAACAAAAUGGUAUAAUCUUCAUUGGAAACUAAUGUUGCACUGUGGGCCGGUCCUGAACCGGACCAGACCGGACCCGCGGUCUUAACGGGCCUCAUGGGCCGGUCCUAGCGGUCCCUUAAAGCCCGAGGCGGGCUGGUCUUCUUUGUUAAGCCCACGAGCCCGGGACCGGCUGGCGGGCCUGGUCCGGGCCCAACGGGCUAACGGCUAUAAUUUAAAAAAAAAAAUUAAAAAACAGCCCAACGGCCAUAUUUAAAAAGUAGCCGUUUGGGACUUUUUUUGACCGUUUGGUAGUUUAGAAAAUGGUCAUUUGGCCCCCAAACUUUAUAUAAUUACACUUUUUCCUAUUUCUCAACUAUAAAUACCCC